UAAUGCGACAGUAACCAUACGUACUUACAAAAAAUUAAUUGUCGUUAAAAACUAAAUUUUAAUAUCUGAUAAUGGCAGAGAGUACUGAAGACAACAAUCAGGCUGAUGUUGAUAAUAACGACAAUGAAAACUUAAACACUGAUAGCAUAGAAGAUUUAGAUUUGACUUGGAUAGAUAAAUUGAAAUUCUUUUCGUCCACCUACUGGCGAGGCGUUAUAUGUCUGAUGGCGCCAGUGAUAUUGAUUACCAUUUUGACACCAUUCCCUCCGAAGAAAUACCAGUGGUGCGCUUAUACGCUAGUAUUGAUGGCUAUUUACUGGGUCACUGAAUGUAUACCUUUAGCCAUUACAUCAUUUCUGCCAAUAGUUAUAUUUCCAUUGACCGGCGUCAUGGAUACAUCAACUACAUGCGCAUGUUAUAUGAAUGAUACAGUACUAAUGUUUCUUGGGAGUAUGAUACUGGCAGCUGCGGUGGAGCAAUCAGGGUUACAUGUAAGAAUGGCACUCUGUGCUAUAAAGGCAAUCGGCUAUUCACAUUACCGAUUGCUUUUUGCAUUGUCGUUUAUGACCAUGUUUAUAUCAAUGUGGAUAACUAAUACUGCGGCUACAACGAUGAUGGUACCAAUCAACUUUGCGAUGUUAAAAGUAUUUGAAGACCAACAACUCCUAACCAUAUAUGAAACAACUAAUGAUGGUAGCGUCGUAGCAUCUGAUAUUACCACGUGCUACUUCUGUGCUACAACAUUUUCAGCAACUAUUGGUGGAAUUGGUACCUUGGUGGGUACUGCAACCAAUUUGGUGUUUAAAGGAUUAUUUUCAAGGGCUUACCCAUCGGCACCGGAUUAUUUGACAUUUCCCAGAUUUUCAGCAUUCACAAUUCCAUAUAUGCUUGUACUUGAAGCAGCUAUGUACUUUUGUUUAGUUGUUGUAUAUUUUGGAUUUUUAAGGCCUCAAAGCAAAGAAGCUGAGAAGACCCAUAUCAGCCAGGAGGGUCAAGAUGCAGCGAAACAGAAAGUCGCGGAAGAUUGGAUGAAACUUGGUAGAAUAAGUUUUUGGGAAAUCAUGGUCAUCAUUCUUUUUAGUGGAGCUAUGUUGAUGUUUUUCUGCCGUUCACCGAAAAUUUUUACUGGAUGGGGUGAUAAGAUCAUUAAUUACUACAAUAAAACUAAUAAAUAUGUUUUGGACUCAACAGCAGCAAUGUUGAUUUCGUUUUUGAUGUGCCUACUCCCAUCGAAUUUGAAUUUUUUCAAACAUUUUGAUAGACGCGUUGAAAUUGAAGAUUUACCAAAAUCACCAAUACCGUCAGUGCUUAGUUGGACAUUGCUGAACAGUAUUUUGCCAUACAGUUUUAUGUUUCUUUUGGGUGGCGGAUUUGCUUUGUCUGAAGCUGCAAAACCUGAACAUUCGGAUUUAAACGGCAAAAUUGGUGAUUUCUUGCAAACCCUGAACAGUCUGCCUAAUUGUAUUAUAAUAUUACUUAUAAUAAUUUUCACUGUAUUUAUCACAAACUUUGCAUCGAACGUUGCAGUUUGCAAUGUCAUUGCGCCUAUAGUUAUGCAAUUGGCACAAGAAGUCAACAGGAACCCUUUAUGGUACAAUAUAGCUGCGGGAUUAUCAGCUUCUUAUUGUUUUUUUCUUCCUGUUGGAACGCCUGGAAAUCUGAUUGUUCAGGGUGCGGCAAACAUUUCUACAAGUCAAAUGAUGAAAGCUGGUUUUGGACCUACAAUUACUACAAUAUUAAUAUCAUGGCUGGCUAUAUACUUCUGGGCUCCGGUAAUUUGGCCUGAAUUGCAUUCUUACCCUGAUUGGAUUUAUAAAAAAGACUAGUUCACUCAUUAAACAAAAAUCACACAUCGUUUCUUGUUUAUCUGACUUAAUUACUUAAAUUUUACUUAGAAAUUUGAAAAUAAACAUAAUUUACAACAAA